AUGGGGAAUAUGUGCGUCAUUACACCACAAGUUGAUGAGAGGAGACACAGCCCAGAAGAUUCCCCAGAAGAUUCCCUGCCCGGGAUGAAGGCUCCUGCCAUGAAGCUGCUCCUGGGCCUCCUGCUCUCCCUCCUCUCUGCUGCUGCCAAGCUGCUGCCACGUCCGGGCGGGCGCCCGUGUCCCCUGGGGCACUUCCCCUGCGGCGACCUGCCCGUCUGCCUGCCCCAGGCCCUGCAGUGCAACGGGGAGCGGGACUGCGACAACGGCGCCGACGAGGACGACUGCGUGGACGCCAGCGGCUGGCUGCACAUCCUGGGGGACAUGCUGGCCGCGCGCAGCCGCAGCGCCCCGGCGCGCGCCGAGCCGCCCGCCUGCCGGCUGGAGCGUGUGCCGGGGCGCUGCCGCUGCCAGGGGAGCACCGUGGACUGCAUGGGCCGGGGCCUCCGCGCCGUGCCCGCCGCCUCCCCCAACGCCACCCAGAUGGACCUGAAGGACAACAGGAUCCAUUCUCUGAUGGACCACCAGUUUGCCGCGUACAAGAGCCUGCAGAAGCUCUUCUUGCAGAACAACCAGAUCCACUCACUCUCACCCCGGGCCUUUGCUGGCCUUUCCCAGCUCAAGAUGCUGUUCCUCAGCCACAACAGGAUCGCGCAGUUGAAGCCCCGGCUCUUCAAGGACCUCCGGCGCCUCGAGUGGCUGAUGCUCGACAACAACCGCAUCAGCCGUGUGGCCCCCAGAGCCUUCGCAGGGCUGGCGUCGCUCUACUUCUUGUACCUGCUGAACAACUCGCUUGCGGCCAUGCCCAGCGCGUCCCUGUGUGCCGAGGCACCGCGGCUCAGCUGGCUGGAUCUGGAGGGCAACGGGAUCCGGGCACUGCGCCGGGCGGCGCUGCGGGGCUGCCACCACGUCACGGUGCUGAUCCUGCGCAGGAACAAGCUGCGGUGGAUCCAGGAUGGCAGCUUCUCCCAGCUGAGCGGGCUGGUGGAGCUGGACCUGUCGGCCAACAGCCUGGCCGAGCUGCCGCCCUCCGUGUUCCGCGGCCUGGCGGGACUGGAGCAGCUGAACAUCUCCUACAACCCCUUGAAGCGGAUCCUCCCCGGGCAGUUCGAGGGCCUGGCCCGGCUGCGCUCCCUGAGCCUCCAGGGGCUGGACAUCCCCAACAUCGGCAACGUGACCCUGCGCCGCCUGGCCAACCUCUCGCACAUCUACUUCCAGCGGUUCCAGUACUGCAGCCACGCGCCCCACGUGCGCAGCUGCAAGCCCAACACCGACGGCAUCUCCUCCUUCGAGCACCUCCUCGCCAGCGUCGUGCUGCGCGUCUUCGUGUGGGUCAUGGCCUGCGUCACCUGCUUCGGGAACCUCCUGGUCAUCGGCAUGCGCUCCCUCGUGGCCACCGACAACAGCCAGCACACCAUGGCCAUCAAGUCCCUGUGCUGUGCCGACUGCCUCAUGGGCAUCUACCUGUUCACUAUCGGAGCGUUCGACCUCAAGUACUCGGGCGAGUACAACAAGCAUGCGCGGGCCUGGAUGGGCAGCCUCGAGUGCCAGCUCGUGGGCAGCCUGGCCAUGCUCUCCUCCGAGGUGUCCGUGCUGCUGCUCACCUACGUGACCCUGGAGAAGUACCUCUCCAUCGUGUUCCCCUUCGGGCACUACCGAGCCGGCCGGCGGCAGACGCUCUGCACGCUGGCGGGCAUCUGGCUGCUGGGCUUGUGCCUCAGCGUGGUGCCCCUGUGCUGCAAGGAGUCCUUCGGCAACUACUACGGGAGGAACGGCGUGUGCUUCCCGCUGCAGUCGGACGGCAGCGAGCGGCCCGGCGCGCGGGGCUACUCCACGGCCAUCUACCUGGGCUUGAAUCUGGUGGCGUUCGUCACCAUCGUGUUCGCCUACACCAGCAUGUUCUACUCCAUCCACGUCUCGGCGGCACGAACGGCAGAGCCCAGCGCCUGCGCGCAGGAGGUGGCCGUGGCCAAGCGCUUCUUCUUCAUCGUCCUCACGGACGCUCUCUGCUGGAUCCCCAUCUUCCUCCUCAAGCUGCUUUCGCUGCUGCAGGUGGAAAUACCAGGCACCGUCACCUCGUGGGUGGUCAUCUUCAUCCUGCCCAUCAACAGCGCCCUGAACCCCAUCCUCUACACCAUCACCACCAGCUCCUUCCAGGAAAGGAUUAAAGGGUGUAUAGACACCUACACACAGCCCCUCUCCUCCGCUAACAGCAUCCUCCAGCACGUCCUCGCUCUAGAGGGGCAGCUGGAUCUGGGUAAAGGGAAACUUAUAAAUAUGUGCCUGAGCGCGCACCAUCCUCCGUGA